UGGCUUUGAACUGAAGUAGCCCUGCCUUCCUCUCGCUAAUAGUAGUGCUUUAUGUCCAUGAAUCAGAAAUAGGAACCAAAUUCCUUUAGCAGAGUUGUUACUGUCUCAUGUGAGAGAAAUGCUUCAUUCACCAUGUUUACUGGUUCAGAUGUCUGUUGGAAAUCCAUGAAGUCAACCAACGCAGUGUGAAGUAGUCAUAAGGAAAGAAGAAGAGGAACAUUUAGCGUACUUUUGGACUUGUACACAUCAUUUCCUGACGGAAUACAUAACAACGGUUUGAAGUUCUUAAACCUUGUACGCAACUAUAUAUAAUCGCAAGUAAAAGUCCACGACUUGGUUGAAGUUGCGCACGUCGCGUGGUAUCGCGCGCCACCAUCGAGAUCGUUUCCUCGCGGUGACUUCACCUAAAAUACGACGACGGCAAGGCCAGCCAUGGUGAACAGCCGGGUGGAGGCGUCAGCCGUGGCGGUGACGGGGGGCGGCGGCAGCUCGGCGGGUAGGACAUGCGCUGGCUGUGGGGGGCGCAUCGCAGACCGCUUCCUGCUCUUCUCCAUGGAGCGCUAUUGGCACACGCGCUGCCUCAAGUGCUCCUGUUGCCACGCCCAGCUGGGAGAGAUCGGCACCACCUGCUACAGCAAAGGGGGCAUGAUCCUCUGCAAGAACGACUACAUCAGGCUGUUCGGCCACAGCGGCGCAUGCAGUGCCUGCGGUCAGUCCAUCCCUGCCAGUGAAAUGGUGAUGCGGGCGCAAGGCAACGUCUACCACCUCAAGUGUUUCACCUGUGCCACCUGUAGGAACCGGCUCGUGCCGGGAGAUCGCUUCCACUAUGUCAACGGCACCAUCUUCUGUGAGCACGACCGUCCAGGCGGAGCCCUGCUCAGCAGUCACCUGACCUCGCUUCAGGGGAACGGCAUGAUGCCUGACCAGAAGGUGUGCUGAAGAAGAACGGAUGACAAGAGCGAUGUGUGCCUUCUCCUCCCCUGCGCCACCUGUUCUUUCUUCACCUCCAAGUUCACCAUCCACCCCCCCCCCCCCCUUCGCGAACAUAUUCCAAUGUCCACACUGGAGACAGAUGCCAGUGCCCACUGGCUUUCCCAGCAGCCCCCCCCACCCACCGCCCCCGACCAAUAUAACGUUUCCUCCGGUUGUAGGGAAUUGUGUUCUCAACCUUGACAUUAAUUUAAGUCUCUUGCUUCAAGGGAAUGAUGAGGAGGGACAUGUUGUUGAUGACUAUGAGGAAAAUGAUUCAUAUAAUCAAAUCAGGGUCCAUUUUCAUUAAGACCAAUGGUGACUGGCUAGUAUGGACUGACUUCUGAUGCCCUGAGACAGAGGACAGUGACGUCUCCAGUGACAGACCAUUUGUUAUAUAGCACCUUUUAAUUGCCAGUGUAGCAGUCCAGAGUGAGAAAGAAGACAUGGGACAUUAUGGGAACACGUGAACUGGUUCUGCUCAAUUACUCUUUCAACCAACCGAUUGCAUAGUGACUCCUGAAACCGGAAGAGUGCGAGUGAAACAAGACGGGCCGCACAAAUACUAAGAAACUGUCGGAGCUCAGACCCUAGACCCAAUUGUCAGGGUUGAGAUGAACAGGAAGUGCUGUGGUAGCAGAGCUAUGCGGUCAUAGCUUUUGCCCACUAGAGAUUCUUUAACUGUCAUUGGCUCGAUCUAAACUGUGUGUUGACCGGAACAAGGAAAAAUAAAAUACACCUCUCUGGAUGUCUACUUCUAAAAUAUACUCUCUGUGUACUAAAUUAAGAACGUCGGUAGAAUAUUCAUCAAAACAUACCUUUUCUUCCCAUGCUAAUUUUGUACUGCAAGUGGUUCCUUUUUAUUUCUAGAUUUUCUUUGGUAUUUACAUAUGUUUUCAUGUGAAGAUGGUUUCUGGGGUUAGGAAAUGUAAUCCUGUUUAUGGGAACAUACAAAUUGUAAUUGUCGUGUUUUAAAACAUUUUUCUUGUAGUGAGAAUUGUAAUUCAAACAUGACUUUGCAGCAGUGUUCCAUACAUGCUUAAUGUUUUUUCAUUCUGUGGUGAGGGGGCUGGAGACAUUUCAAGUAGAACUAGUUCACGUAUAACCUGGGUUGAGUUGAGUAGUGCUCAUCAGAGAAAAACACUAUUUUAAUUUAGGCUGUAGUUUCGGACUCAACUUUUUUGUGUGAUCUGUUGUCCAUUUUUAAACCAAAAGACCUGGAAUUUCCUGAAUCUUGUGCACAUGAGCUGAUCGUGAUCUACACAUCGUUCUCUAUGCACAGACUCUGCUAUAGCUGAAUCAUAGAGGACAGACUACUAUUUGACCUCUUCAAUGGGAUAUGCAUUUCUAUCUCCUUGAGUUUGGUCUUGUUUCACUGUAUCUGACAGUGUGGUUUUGAACAAUGUACAGUGAAAAGGAGGUGAAAUAAAAUGUUGCAUAGCAUCCCUAGUGUAUUUUGCCCGCAAAAUGCGAUCCGCACAUGUGCAGAAGCUUCUGAAAAAGUUGGAUCUGCAGCCAUUUUGGAAAAUGUUAUUUUGUUAUUGCAGAUGUCCAGGUGUAGUCCUUGCCUGUUUCAGGCUGUUUUCUUUCAUUUGGUACCUAAUGGACAAUUACCCAGGGUGAGGGAAGCGGGAAGUGUUGGACAGAAGUAAUAACUGUACAUAUGUUUUUCUAGUGCUGUUGUUGUAUUGUGUGCUCUAUGGUGGAGUUCUGUCUCUGUGUGACCUUUGUUUUUUGAGCAGAGGCCCAUUUCAAAUGCUGUAAAACAUCUAUAUAAAGAAAACAGUACUUUCUAAAUAACUAUAAUAAUUAUAAUACCGCCAGUCA